AUGGAGAGGAAGAUGUCAAGAGCCAACAAAUUCAUAAACAAAACCAAUUUUUAUACCACAGUUUACUUCUUUUUCUUCAUGCUAUCACUGAUCUUCAGCAGCACAACAUAUGGCACUACCAUUGCAUGUUUAGAUGCAAGCAUGUGUUCCAUGUUGGCCAAACCUCAUGCAGAUCAUCAGAAAUAUGAGGGGAGAACUGGACAUGGCAUGGUGUUUGAAGGCAAAACAGAAGCUUCCCUAGAUUGGGCGAGGAGGUUUCUAGGUGGACCAGGGUCAUCUCCACCCCUAUGCACCUUCAAGUGUGGCAAGUGUACACCCUGCAUACCGGUGCACGUGACGGUGCCGCCGGGUACUCCGGUGACCGCAGAGUACUACCCAGAAGCAUGGAGGUGCAAGUGUGGUAACAAGUUGAACAUGCCUUGA